AUGUCUCUUCCACCGUCCUUGUACUGUUACUCUUAUUUGCCGGAGGGCAGUAUUCGCUUGCUUCGGCUAUUGCCGCCUCAAGACGAGCAUGCCCCCAUGAAAUGCAAGCUCUUUGACUGCGCCUUAGCGGACUCAGAAAGCACUCGUCCGUACGAGGCUCUAUCCUACGUAUGGGGUUCUGAGCACAAGUCUCGGUCUAUUUCCAUAGACUGCUGUGACUUGCCCGUCGGGGAAAACCUUUACGCGGCGCUAUCACAUCUUCGAGAUCGCUCCAUUGAACGAACCAUAUGGAUAGACGCUAUUUGCAUCAACCAACGAGACCCAAAGGAAAAGGGACAGCAAGUUCAGUCUAUGGCGAAGAUCUAUAGCAAAGCAAGCCGUGUGAUUGUUUGGCUUGGAGGAGCGACAACCGACAGCGGUCAAGCCCUCGAAGAAAUACGCAUCGCAGCAGAGAAGCGUACGAAGCCCUCACCUACGAAGCCCUCACCUAUGAAGCGCUCAACCAACGAAAGAGCGAUCCUUAGACUGCUGGAAGGACCGUGGUUUAAACGCAUCUGGGUACUUCAGGAGGUUGCCGCAGCUCGACAUGUACUGAUCAAAUGCGGCCCCGCCGAGAUUGAUGGAUAUACGUUCUGUUCAGGUCUGGAUGAAUUAGACCUGUCUUACAAAACCUACCCAGAGCUGCGGCCUCUGAUUCAUUCAGUAUCCUAUCUCAUAAAGGGUGCGGUCUUCCGACCUAGAUGCGCAACUGGCCGGUCAGGCAGGUUUUCCCUGGACAUAUGCCCUCUAGGUGAGCUGGUGGAUAUGUACCACACUCGCGAAGCAACUGACCGCCGCGACAAGGUUUAUGCCUUGCUCGGCAUGAGCUCUGAUGAUCCUAGCAUGGCAAAGUUAUCGGCCAACUAUGAGAUUUCAUGGGGACAACUCUUCAAGCGACUGAUCAAGUUCUUCUCUGAACAGUUAUCUGCAGACACUUGGAACGAUAAGGAGAUAGCGGUAAUCAGGGGCAAGGGCUGCGUUCUUGGCGAAGUGUCUUCAGUCGAUGAUUUGAAAGACGGACGGGAGGUGAAAAUCAAUUGGAGGAAUGCGUCUGGCUAUAGGGGGCCGGAUUCUCCCUGGACCUUCCAGGCCUCAGCGAAAUCUGUCCAGGUAGGGGAUGUUGUCUGCCUUCUACAAGGAGCGUCAAAUCCUACAAUCAUUAGGCUAUGCACCGAUUAUUGGGCCGUUAUAAUGAUUUCAGUUCCCUCUCCGGAUGAUCUACAAGGUGCGAGCAGUUACACCAAGUCGGGGCUUUUACGAUCUAUAAAAACCUUCCCACACGAUUUCCUACUUGUCUGGAACUGGGAUAUAUACCUAGACAAGUCGCAGGAUGGGGAAGACGACGAAGACUUCAUCAUGGUCGCCCUAGCGUCGACGUACUCAAAUACAUAUUUAAAAAAUUAUAUGGACAAAGCGACAAGGUUAUGGAAUACUGGAGUGGUACUACAAGACAUGGGAAAAGAUGAGGCAGAGGAAAUUCUCCGACAAGCAAUGGAGAUUUUUGAGAGUGCAUUAAUAGGAAUGGGGGGAGUUGUGAGGAAGCUAGAAAGAAUGGUAGAUGAACUUAUCAAGGAAAAGGGCGGAUGGAGGCUGCUGGGGUUCGCGGCAGCGAAGGCGCACGAGGCAAUCAUCAAGCUGCUGCUCGAUACUGGCAAGGUCCACCCAGACGCCAAGAAUAAGGAUCGGCAGACGCCGUUAUGGCAGGCGGCAGAGAAGGGGCACGAGGCAAUCGUCAAGCUGCUGCUCAAUACUGGCAAGGUCGACCCAGAUGCCAAAGAUAGGUAUGGACAGACGCCGUUAUUGGGGGCGGCAGAGAAGGGGCACGAGGCAAUCGUCAAGCUGCUGCUCGAUACUGGCAAGGUCGACCCAGACGCCAAGGAUAAGGAUGGACAGACGCCGUUAUUGGUGGCAGCAGCGCAGGGGCACGAGGCAAUCGUCAAGCUGCUGCUCGAUACUGACGAAGUCCACCCAGGCGCCAAGGAUGAGUAUGGACGGACGCCGUUAUGGCAGGCGGCAGAGAAGGGGCACGAGUCAAUCGUCAAGCUGCUGCUCAAUACUGGCAAGGUCGACCCAGACGCCAAGGAUGAGGAUGGACAGACGCCGUUAUUGGUGGCAGCAGCGCAGGGGCACGAGGCAAUCGUCAAGCUGCUGCUCGAUACUGACGAAGUCCACCCAGGCGCCAAGGAUGAGUAUGGACGGACGCCGUUAUGGCAGGCGGCAGAGAAGGGGCACGAGUCAAUCGUCAAGCUGCUGCUCAAUACUGGCAAGGUCGACCCAGACGCCAAGGAUGAGGAUGGACAGACGCCGUUAUUGGUGGCAGCAGCGCAGGGGCACGAGGCAAUCGUCAAGCUGCUGCUCGAUACUGACGAAGUCCACCCAGGCGCCAAGGAUGAGUAUGGACGGACGCCGUUAUGGCAGGCGGCAGAGAAGGGGCACGAGUCAAUCGUCAAGCUGCUGCUCAAUACUGGCAAGGUCGACCCAGACGCCAAGGAUAAGGAUGGACAGACGCCGUUAUUGGUGGCGGUAGCGCAGGGGCACGAGGCAAUCGUCAAGCUGCUGCUCGAUACUGACGAAGUCCACCCAGGCGCCAAGGAUGAGUAUGGACGGACGCCGUUAUGGCAGGCGGCAGAGAAGGGGCACGAGUCAAUCGUCAAGCUGCUGCUCGAUACUGGCAAGGUCGACCCAGACGCCAAGGAUAAGGAUGGACAGACGCCGUUAUUGGUGGCGGUAGCGCAGGGGCACGAGGCAAUCGUCAAGCUGCUGCUCGAUACUGACGAAGUCCACCCAGAUGCCAAAGAUAGGUAUGGACGGACGCCGUUAUGGCGGGCGGCAGAGAAGGGGCACGAGGCAAUCGUCAAGCUGCUGCUCGAUACUGGCAAGGUCGACCCAGACGCCAAGGAUGAGGAUGGCCGAACACUGCUAUGGCGGGCGGUAGCGCAGGGGCACGAGGCAAUCGUCAAGCUGCUGCUCGAUACUGACGAAGUCCACCCAGGCGCCAAGGAUGAGUAUGGACGGACGCCGUUAUGGCAGGCGGCAGAGCAGGGGCACGAGUCAAUCGUCAAGCUGCUGCUCAAUACUGGCAAGGUCGACCAAGAUGCCAAAGAUAGGUAUGGACGGACGCCGUUAUGGCAGGCGGCAGAGAAGGGGCACGAGUCAAUCGUCAAGCUGCUGCUCAAUACUGGCAAGGUCGACCCAGACGCCAAGGAUAAGGAUGGACAGACGCCGUUAUUGGUGGCGGUAGCGCAGGGGCACGAGGCAAUCGUCAAGCUGCUGCUCGAUACUGACAAAGUCCACCCAGGCGCCAAGGAUGAGUAUGGACGGACGCCGUUAUGGCAGGCGGCAGAGAAGGGGCACGAGUCAAUCGUCAAGCUGCUGCUCGAUACUGGCAAGGUCGACCCAGACGCCAAGGAUAAGGAUGGACAGACGCCGUUAUUGGUGGCAGCAGCGCAGGGGCACGAGGCAAUCGUCAAGCUGCUGCUCGAUACUGACGAAGUCCACCCAGGCGCCAAGGAUGAGUAUGGACGGACGCCGUUAUGGCAGGCGGCAGAGAAGGGGCACGAGUCAAUCGUCAAGCUGCUGCUCAAUACUGGCAAGGUCGACCCAGACGCCAAGGAUGAGGAUGGACAGACGCCGUUAUUGGUGGCGGUAGCGCAGGGGCACGAGGCAAUCGUCAAGCUGCUGCUCGAUACUGACAAAGUCCACCCAGGCGCCAAGGAUGAGUAUGGACGGACGCCGUUAUGGCAGGCGGCAGAGAAGGGGCACGAGUCAAUCGUCAAGCUGCUGCUCGAUACUGACGAAGUCCACCCAGGCGCCAAGGAUGAGUAUGGACGGACGCCGUUAUGGCAGGCGGCAGAGAAGGGGCACGAGUCAAUCGUCAAGCUGCUGCUCAAUACUGGCAAGGUCGACCCAGACGCCAAGGAUAAGGAUGGACAGACGCCGUUAUUGGUGGCGGUAGCGCAGGGGCACGAGGCAAUCGUCAAGCUGCUGCUCGAUACUGACGAAGUCCACCCAGGCGCCAAGGAUGAGUAUGGACGGACGCCGUUAUGGCAGGCGGCAGUGAAGGGGCAUGAGGCAAUCGUCAAGCUGCUGCUCGAUACUGACGAAGUCCACCCAGAUGCCAAAGAUAGGUAUGGACGGACGCCGUUAUGGCAGGCGGCAGAGAAGGGGCACGAGUCAAUCGUCAAGCUGCUGCUCGAUACUGGCAAGGUCGACCCAGACGCCAAGGAUGAGGAUGGCCGAACACUGCUAUGGCAGGCGGUAGCGCAGGGGCACGAGGCAAUCGUCAAGCUGCUGCUCGAUACUGACAAAGUCCACCCAGGCGCCAAGGAUGAGUAUGGACGGACGCCGUUAUGGCAGGCGGCAGAGAAGGGGCACGAGUCAAUCGUCAAGCUGCUGCUCGAUACUGGCAAGGUCGACCCAGACGCCAAGGAUGAGGAUGGCCGAACACUGCUAUGGCAGGCGGCAGUGAAGGGGCAUGAGGCAAUCGUCAAGCUGCUGCUCAAUACUGGCAAGGUCCACCCAGAUGCCAAAGAUAGGUAUGGACGGACGCCGUUAUGGCGGGCGGCAGAGAAGGGGCACGAGGCAAUCGUCAAGCUGCUGCUCAAUACUGGCAAGGUCGACCCAGAUGCCAAAGAUAGGUAUGGACGGACGCCGUUAUGGCAGGCGGCAGAGAAGGGGCACGAGUCAAUCGUCAAGCUGCUGCUCGAUACUAGCAAGGUCGACCCAGACGCCAAGGAUAAGGAUGGACGGACGCCGUUAUGGCAGGCGGCAGAGAUGGGGCACAAGGCAAUCGUCAAGCUGCUUCUCGGCAAGGGCGCGGAUGGAUGA